AUGCUUAGCACCAUCGUCGCUCUUGGUAUCUUAUACAUCUCGCUCGUGAUUUUGUAUCAAAUCAUAUACUACCGCUUCCUCCACCCUCUGUCUUCCUUCCCAGGUCCAUUCUGGGGCAGUGUCACCAGACUAUGGCUCACAUAUCACCAUGUUAAGGCAACAGAGCUCCAAGUGUUCGAGUCGUUGCAUAAGAAGCAUGGACCCGUCAUACGCAUCACUCCGACGAUGCUUAUUGUGAGCGACGCUACAAAGUUGCCGGAAAUUUACAGCCGCUAUGCAGAAAAAUCACAGCAUUAUAUUACCGGAAGCUUUGGGGAGACCGAGUCCAUAUUCAACAUAUAUGACCACGCAGCUCAUGCCAGGCUUAGAAAGAUCGCCGCUGCACCCUAUGCUUACUCGAAUGUCAAGAAAAUGGAGCCACUUGUUGACGCAAUCGUGAGAAAGUGGCUCGAGAAGCUGGAUCAUCGAUUUGCUGCCACGGGCGAAAAGUUCGACUUUGCUCCUUGGGCUGUGUAUAUGGCCUACGACAUUAUAUCUGAGAUCGGCUUCGGGGAGCCAAUCGGCUUUAUUGAGCAAGAAAAAGAUGUCGAUGGUCUUAUCCAAGGUUUCCACGACUGUCUGGUACCGUUUGGAGUGAUGGCCCGUCUCUAUCCAUUGACCAAGUGGAUCAAAAAAACACCAAUGGGCAGAUACCUAGUCGCAAGCCCCGAACACGAAUCGGGCGCUGGAGUCCUGAUGAGACUUCGCGAUCGUCUGGUUCAGAAACGAUAUGAUGACAUCAAAGCGGGCAACACAAAAAGUCGCAUUGAACUUCUCCAAACGUUUAUCGAGGCUCGCGAUGAAAAUGGCAAGGAAUUAGGCAUCGAUUAUAUCAAGGCGGAAGUUCUGCUCGUCCUUCUCGCAGGUUCGGACACGAUUGGGACGCUUUUCCAGGCGCUCCUAACGAAUUUGAUCCGCAAUAGCGACGUGUACGACAAGGUCAUGGCAGAGAUUGACGCAGUAACUCGAGCAAAGAAGUUAUCCCAGAUGCCUAUGUAUGAAGAAGUUUUAGAGCACUGCCCGUACUAUGUCGCCUGCGUGAAAGAGACAAUGCGGAUAAACCCACCAGCCCCAGACAUCAUGCCGCGUCUCGUACCCAAGGGCGGGCUACAACUCUUCGGCAAGUAUGUCCCUGAAGGCUGCGAGGUAACGUGCAACCCCUGGAUUGUGCACCGCGACACGAACGUCUACGGCUUGGAUGCUGAGGUGUUCCGCCCGGAGCGUUGGCUCGAUUCCGAGAGGGCCAAGGACUUCAACAAGUUCAGCCAGACGUUUGGAUAUGGUCCUCGCGUGUGCCUGGGCCGCGACAUAGCCUAUAUGGAGCUCUACAAGGCUCCUCUGCAGUUUCUCCGCACAUUCAAGCCCCGCGCACUGAACGAGAAUGAACCCUCCCGACACGUAUAUAAAGGCGGAAUUAGUUAUUUCAAGGAUAUGUGGCUCACGCUCGAUCGUCGGCCGCCUAUGGUGGAACUGGGCAUCUGA